CCACCAUACACCUCUCCUUCACAAUCGUCGGGUUGGCGACUGUCCCACUCUUUGCCCUAUACUUGCCAUUUUACUUCCUCUUGUUUCUCCUCAGUCUCCACUUCUUACAGCAGCUUGAUUCCCACAAACCCACCUCCACCUUUCACUCUUCCCCCCCCCUCCCCACACCAGCGCGUCCUCGGCCAAUGUACCGCCGCCAUGAGCGCGGUCCCGGGCCUCACUGGAGCCCUUAAGCUUUACGAGUCUGACAAGAUCAAGGAUCGCGCGCAGGGUGGCGCUCUGCUUCGCGAGAUCAUCGGCAAUCGAGCCAACCUCGAGGUCCUGCAGGCCACCGCGAAUCGUGAUGGCGGCAAGGGCUGGGUGGCGCUAUUCCAAUGUCUAUUCGCGAGUGUUCUUCUCGAAAAGAAGACAGUCAUUAAGAAGACUGCAUCUCACACCGAGAGCGGACUACCUGCCGCCCUCAUAAGGCUGUCCGAUGCCGCUAAUCUUGUGCGCUUUGCCGCUGAGCGCAGCGUCCACAUGAUCGGACGCAAGCCGCUCGGUGUCCUUCUUCUACACAUGGUCACGCUCCUCGUACAGGACGGGCGCAUCUUCGAGCCGGUCGCACUUAACUACGUCAAGACUCUCCGUACCCUUCUCUCCUAUCCACCUCAUCUCGAGCAUAUGGACGAAGGGCUGUGGCGCCGCCUCAUGUCGGUCUGCUGGGCAACAAUUCUCGGCGAACGCAUUCCAGUAGACAGCGAAUUGACCGAGGAGCGCGAGAACGACGACUCCGAGGUCGAUGCCCACACCGGCUCUUGUGCAAUUGCCGGCUCGGCGCUCCUCCUCAAGGAGGUCAUCUCUCUUGUCCCCAUCUUGCUUUCCAGCUCCAGUGCUCCCCUAAUCCCUGCAGCACCUGCCAAGAUCGAGAGCGCCAAGCCUGCUUUGGGCCUUUCCAUCCUCAGUAAGAUUCAUCGACACUUUGAUCAGGAUGGCCAAGGCCUCGUUUCCACCGAUGUGCUUCGAGCGCUCAAUAUUCUGCUCGGCGAACUUGAGCUCAACUGUAGACAGGAGUUCACCGAGAUUUCGCUCAAGCUUUUCCCACAACUCGCCGCAAUGUGGACAGCAAGGACCAAGGGCGACCUUGGCCACCGCGAGCACAUCUUGGUCGCGCUCCGCACCAUGCUCCCUUUCAUCACACACAAUUCAGUCCCAUCGCACAAGAAAGAGGGAGUCAGGGAAGCCAUGAACCGUAUUUUGGACGGCAUGCCCAAGGAGGCCGGCUCACGCGCUGCCAUCAAACCAUUGGAACUCGAGACACUGCGGUUCAAAGCUGGAGGCACCAAAAUGCCUGAGGCGGGCAGCCACCCACCAUUCGAGCUUAUGGGUGUACAGGCUGGUUUUGGCUUUGAUGCCACACAGGCGCUCAGUUGGGCAGCGGUUGAGCUGCUAGCUGACUGCUGCUUCCUCACCUAUGACUCCUAUAGCGUCCCUUCGUCGUCCGCCAUGUCCUCCACCCCGAGCCAGCGAGCGACCAAGAGGCGGCGCAAGGAGGGUGAAGGCUUAGAGAAGCUUUUGAGCCUCAUGUCAGGAGGGCAAGCCCAGACGCGCCUUCUUGCGACCCAGGUCAUUGUGUUCUUCGUCGACCGCCAUUGGUCACAAAUCCACGGGGAAGCAAAGGACGCCGUUCGCCGCCGGUUGUUACAGAUUCUAGACGACGACGACAUAGACCUGCAGUCAUGGGCGUUCAUUGGGCUCUCGUGUUUCGCCACGAUCGACGCCAAAGCCGAGGUUCAAGAGCGGCGCAGCAUGCCACUUACACCGUUGCACCGACAGGUGCAGCACUCGUCCUGGGGCCAUAUGUGGGAACACGCCAUCCGCAAGGUGUCGGUCCCCAACAUCGCCCGCGCAGCGUGCCACGCUGCCGAGGUAUUGCUCCAUACCGGCAAGGUCGACCAAGCGCGUAGUUUGCGGGAUAUUCACUUGCUCCUGAAGAGCGUGUCUGUCCAGGGCCCGCCUCAAGUUUAUGAGACAACCACCUCCUUCCUUGUUGCCUGCCUCGACCGCGUUCGUGCCGACUCUGGUCUCUACGCGGCCAAUCUCGAAGACGAGGUCAUUGACUGGUUUGUGAGGACGUACAGUGCGGAAGGUUAUCGCAAGACCCCCGGGCCCGUUACCCCUAUCAACGUCCUCAAUCUUUUCACACAUAUCUGCGACUGGGCCCCCGCCGAGCUGGAAGACGUUACCGUACUCGAAUUGCUGCCAGACUGCCCGAUCGUGAAUCGCGUCAUCGAGGAGGCGACCACCGAACCUCUGCGGCAGUUGAUUCUCAACGCCACAAUGCCAGCGCCUCCCGUGAGCACAAGAAAGCAGACUGCAAUUACAGCCGGUCCGACCGACGUGGAAUCACUCGCGUUGCUCGAUGGGCGCCCACACAAGCUUUCCUACGCACUAAAAAAUGCAAUGGAGCAGACACUGUCUCGGUGGGCGUUGCUUCAAGACCGGUCGAGUCGCCAUCUCAUCAACGCCACCGGCGUUCGGAAGAGUAUCGAUCUCGUUGUGCUUGCCCUAUCAUUCCAGGCUGUUAUCCAUGUCAACGGACACCGUCCCGAGACGAGCUGUCUCAACCUCGCCGAGAAGCUCCUCGCCAUACUCCUUCCGCAUGUACGAGACAUGGCCGAAAGCGUGAACGCCCAGUUACUAGUUUGGCGAGGGUUUGCGCCAUUGUUUAGUCCGCGACACGUGCCGGUAGAGGUCUGGCCCAUUCUCCUGAAGCCGGAUCGCGCCUCUGGCAUCCGUCGGGAUGUACUCCCGUCUACGAAAUACGCCUCUCACUACGAUGAAGACGAUGAGGAUGCAAGUAGCCCCUCCGAGUUGCUGCUCUCCAUACUGUGGAGCAAUGAACAAACAAUAACAGUCCUAGACAGCCUGGUACAGACGGCGAAACACGCACUCGAGACUGUGCGAGCUCCGCGGUGUGGCACAACUAUUGCUCUGGAGGCCGCGGAAGAUGACGAUUUCGGCCCGAUCAUUAAUGCCGACUCUGACACGAUGCCUGCUUCUCUCGAGUCGCGCGUGGCACAGCGCUCGACGUCGUUACUGGUAAAGACCCUGGUUGACUUGCGGCUCCGAGGUCAACAGCUGCGCUCUCCGGAGCGGCGUCCUCCUAAGGAUACGUCACUCAUCAACACUUUUGUCCAAUGCGAAAGUGCGCAGUUCGCCCAGUUGGGAGCUGCGGUGUGCGAUGCGAUUCAGGACGGCAGUCUGAGACUCACAAUCAACAUUGUGGACGUCAUAAUGGCCGAAAUUGAAGAUCGCAUCGCGACUUACGGGUUCAAGCGCGACAGUGAAGUUAUUCGCCUGGCUGUCGUUUUCUUAGCGCGGACAGCGGCAGUCUGGUUGGCGCCAGAGAGCGGGCUCGGUGAAAGGGCGAUCCAGAUGAUCAAAGGGUUUGUCUUAAAGGUGCAUCACGAUUACCCGACGUCGUGGCAGGCGCGCCUGCAAUUAUUGCUCUUCAUCGAUGAGUAUCUCGAGUACGACCCUACAUUCACAGCCUGGACACAAUUGUCCGACACCGACCAGGCCGACGUCGUCAUGGGCGGAGAGCACCCUGACGCUCUUGGGCCCAUGAAGUACAACCUGGACGCAACAAGUGACCCGGAUGCGCGGGUGCGCUUCCGCGCCGCAACAUCUGCAGCUGCAGUACACUAUCUCCCCGAUUUGCCGGCCGAUGUUAAGUCACAAGCGUACUACGACAUCGUCACGAGGCAAUCCUCUGACUCGUUCUCCGCCGACCAUUUUUUGACCAACCUGGUGUGGAAGAUCAACACGUGUGUUGCCAGCGCUCAGCUGCGCUCUGGAACAAUUUUUCACCUCUAUGAAGUUGCAGACUUCGCGCGCGAGUUUCUGAUAUAUCUUCGCCCUGGUUUGGCCGCGAUUGCGAACCGACUUGGGCUCAGCUCGCUGCAACCGUUGUUUUGCGCCCACGCGAAUGUUGUGGUUGUCAACCAGUUGGGUCUUGGCCAACUUCCGCUCGCUUUACCACCAGAGGUCUACGGGUGUGAGACGCGCAAGCAGUUCGCCCAGCUCUGCCUUGAGGCCGUCGGCUCAAAAAUUCUCGCUGAGCCUCACCUUUCGCAUAACCUGCCGUUCUUCAAAGCGUUGUGCAACGCAGCUGGUGUGAAGGAGUCACAGGCUCGUAGGCGACACCUCCCAUUCGCUGCCGCAAUUGCAGUCGCACAGACAAUUCAAGAGAUCGACAUGUCCGAUUUUGAGACAAUCAAGGCGCAGGGUCUGGAAGCUCUCCACUCUCUUCAGGCGGAAGACGGUGUUGAUACCGGAGAGUAUCUAACCCAAAGUGCAGAGACAGUUGUUGCUGCACUUUUCACUCUCGUCGACCUGCAUAUUCACAACGAGGAGGUUUUGGCCUGCCUGGAUCACGACAGCUCACAAGGGGGUUCGGCCACGGAAACAUUCGCCCUAUUGAUGAGAAACGAUCAACCUCGUCCCGAUAACCCGCCGGCGCUUGAUCCAGCUGCGUCUAUCUCGGGAGUGUUAGGUGCCAACCAAUUCUUCCUUGCACGGUUCCCUUCAAUGUCGAAGUCGCGCAUGGUGUUCAGCGCCGUGGUCCGACUUUUCCACGAGGUCAACUCUGCGUAUCUCGUCAAUGAGCAGCGACGUUACCUCCGCGCUGUAGCCCUCUUGGCCUCGCUGUACCAGGGCGAAUUUGCGUCGUCUCUGGUACUUCAAGAGUUCCUUCGCAACUCUAUUGACUUAUUGAGCAUGGAUGACGUGGGGCCCAUCGCGUUCUCAAUGGUCCAGUGGGGCUUCGACCAGCUCCUGAAAGCAAAGCAGACCCCUCCCGAGCUCGCGAACCUCUUGAUUAAGCUUGGCGCGGCCUAUGGGCAGCUACAAGCAAAACCCCACAUGCAGGCGCUAGCUGAAGACCUUAACCACUGGGUAGGAUCCAAAUCCCAGACCUGGCACAUGUCGGAUGCGAUGAUGCCCUCGUUGGAGUCGGCUCUUGUUUACUGGCCACAGGGUUGGGUCGAGCACUUCCGCUUCCCGAAACAGCAUUUCUUGGAUGUCGCCGAACUCGCAAAGCGUCCCAGCAUGAACAAGACUAUGGCGCUCUCCAAGCGUCUGGUAGAAGCGGCACGGCGUCAAACCACCCCGGAGAACAAGGAUACAUUUAUGUCGGCCACGUUUUGGUACCUCAAGCAGGGACUCAACCGCGACAAGUGGACGGCAGAAGGAGCGACUGCGUUUUUACAGCUCCUGGACAUGGUCAACGGAAAGGUCCAUGCGCCCUCGCUUGACACUAUCAACAAUCUUACCGGCCGUGCUGAUAUAAUGGAAGUAGCUCGAAAGCUUGAAGACCGGCCACGCGAUGCUCUGCGCGUCAUAGUACUUCUCAGGGUUCUUGAGCAGACAACCAGCGAUGACUAUCGGCUCCGAUACACGGCGUACGAAGUGUUACAGACGACGCUGCCAAUCAUCAAGAGCUCGCUCGACGCUCUGCCCCCUCACUUGCGCGAGUUGACCGCGUACUUGGUGCCAGAUACGCCCGCGUCCAGUUCCGAAGAGCCGAAUCUGGAGGCUUUGGGGGCCGAGGCAAGCUGGAUACAGAAAUCACGCUCGCACGAGGUGUGGGCCAAGGAUCUCGCACUCCUACUCGGGGCCUCUGCGUCCACAACUGACGAGUUCUAUGCUUGUCUGCAGCCCAUGCUGUCGGCGCAUGGCAAUGCCGCUGUGCUUCUGCUGCCGUUUCUGGUGCAGAGUGUGCUCCAGUGCGAUGACCUCCAACUAACUGCAAAGCGUGCCGAUAUCCUGUCGGACCACUUCUCCAAGGUUCUGCAGUUUACCGAGGCGUCAUUGCAGACGAUCGAGGCAAUCAUUCAUAUCGUGCUUCAUCUGCGUAACUUCAAACCACCUUACGCGAAAGGCGAGCUCUCCUACAAUCAUUGGCUGAGUAUCGACCCACUCGAGCUCUCCGAAGCUGCAGGUAGAUGUGGAUCGUUUGCCAGCUCCCUCUUGUUCCUGGAGAUGGCUAAGGAUCGCGACGAAAUCGGCAACCAGGACCUCGACCUCUCAGAUAUGCGUGUGCAGAAGGUCAUGUAUGACAUCUACAGUAACGUGGAGGAUCCAGACGGAUUUUACGGGGUCCAAAACAACGAUGUUAUGGACUCCCUGCACCGACGUCUCGACCACGAGGGCCAGUAUCAAAGAGCGAUGUGUCACAAUCUGGCGCAAGUCGAGGCCGCCCAGAGCCCGGCAGCAUCGACCGUCCCGCUUAUCUCCGCGCUGCGAAACCAGCACAACCUUGGUUUCCACGAGCUUGCGUUUUCGCAAAUGAAGUUACUCAAGGCCAAACGCGAGGUUGGAGCAGACUCGGACGCAUUUUUCCUGGACUUGGCGUGGCGAGUAGGCGAUUGGGAUGUGCCGGUCACCAAGGAGAUGGCGGAGACAUCAGCCGGACGGUUUUACAAUGCGCUUCGCGCGGUGCAUCGCGAGCGCGACUACGAAGUGGCGCGUGGGGUCGUUAAUGACGCCAUCUGUGCGGAGAUGGCUCAUCUGCAGGAGAUUGGUGUGGAGCGAAUGACAGAGAUCAAGAAGGUGACAGCCGACCUCCUCUGCCUUCGCGACGUGGAGCAUUGGGUGUCCCGGUCCUUGCAGCAGGCUUUGGAGCAGGACGACUUUGAGGGACGUCCGCUGACAGAGUUCGUCCGUCUUGACCCGUCAUUUGAGUUUAAAACAGCCGAGCGCCUAUCGGCGACGCGACUCUCCCUCAUCCGCUCAGCCCGCAUGCGAGAGAGCAAGAAUCUUUUCGGCGAUCUUGUGUCCUUACAGGCUGAGGGGCUGAUGAAGAUGGAGAGUCAGUGUCAGUUGCGCAUGAGCCAGAUCGCCCGCAAGGAGGGCAACUUGCAGGCGGCUGUAAAUGCGAUCACGGCAGUCAGCCGUCUCGAGGAGAGUGUAGGGGCGCUCUCGGAGGCUGCUCAGGACGAAUUUAGCCAAGUUCUCUGGGCGCAAGGCGAGCACGCGCUGGCUAUCAAACACGUUGGCUCAAUUUUGAACCCACUGAAACUCAUGGCCGAUGAGAAGGGCCGUAAGGGGCUUGCCACCAUUACUGCCCGCCACGCCAUCCUUCUAUCGCGCCAGGCGAACUGGUACUGGCUCGCUAAGCUCAAAUCUGCCGAGGAGAUUCGGUCAACGUCUAGGCGCGCCAUGGAUUUGGCCACGGCGGCUAGAGCCUCGCACGGGGAUCAGGCACAGAUGGCGCACGACUUCGCCGUCUUCACAGAUCGAUAUCACCAGAUGCUCGCCAAGUCGCCCGAGCUUGAGCGAGUCAAGCAGUACGUGGACCGACGACAAGCUGAAGUCAAGGCGGCAGAAACUGUGCGCGCCUCAACGCCAGGCAGCCGCCGCAGCACUCUGCCGGCAGACCACCUGCUCGAAGAAGAGAGCCAAAACAUGGCCCGGCUAGAAGAUGAGCUUCUGCGUUACGUCGUUUAUGCUGUGCAGUCAUAUGCUGCGGCGCUGAGCUACACCGAUAAGUUCGACGACUCGAUCACUCGUCUAUGCUCGCUGUGGCUGGAGCAUGACACAAAUCAGCUCGCAAACGAGAAAUUCGCGCUGAGGCUCCCGCAUGUCCCAACCCACAAGUUCCUAUUCCUUAGUCCGCAGCUCUCAGCCAAGCUGUUCCGUCCGCCCACGCCAACCCCAUUCAACACAUUGCUCAACGAUCUCAUCCUGCGCACGGCGCAGGAGCAUCCCUAUCACAUCCUGUACCAGAUUAUCACAUUAGCUGACAACUCUGGGCCACCGCGGUCCUCUGGCUCGCGUGCUAAGGUUGUCGCAGCCGACGGACGGGUGGCUGCAGCGCAAGAGAUCUUGGACCGUAUCGCGGCGUCGACAGCGCACCGCGUGGCGCAGCCCGCUGUCAAGGCUAUGAAGACAUUCGCUGAUCUUGCUGUCGCAUGGUGCUACGCCGAUCACCACAAAAGCAAGCCCGGGCAGGCGCUUACGGCCUCAUCCUCCUCUCCCUUGAUGCAGUGCCGUGGCCUCAUGAUCCCGGUUGCGACCGUGCCUCCCCCGGUCGACCUGGAGAAGAAAUACGAAAACGUCCCAACUCUUGAUCGAUACCGCUCCUCGUUCAAGCUUGCCGGUGGCAUCCACCGGCCUUCGAUUAUGACCUGUAUCGACUCACUAGGACAACAUCACGUACAACUGUUCAAAGGCGAGGACGACGUGCGACAGGACGCCGUGAUGGAGCAGGUGUUCGAGAUGACGAACAGGCUGCUGCAGCGUGACCGCCGCGCGAGCGCUCGCAGCCUGACGUUCCGCACGUACAAUGUCGUCAACCUCGCCAAUCGCUCGGGCAUCAUUCAGUUUGUGGGGAAUACAACUGCAAUUGGCGACUGGCUAAAGGACGCACACCAGCGUUAUCGUGGGACCAUUGAUGUAAAGGCCGACGUAAUCCGCAGGGCCAUCGGCAAGCUCCAGGAGUCGGACAAAUCUGGCGAACAAGGCCCAGCCAUCACGAAGGUGUGGAAGGAGCACAUGGCGCACUUUCACCCUGUCAUGAGGCACUUCUUCUCAGAAAGACGCCGGGAGCCACUUGCAUGGUUUACCAUGCGUCUCAACUACGCGCGCAGUGUUGCUGUGACGUCUAUGGUCGGGUGGAUGAUCGGCCUCGGCGACAGGCACUGCUCCAACAUCCUCAUCGACAAGGUGUCGGGCGAGCUCGUGCACAUCGACUUCGGCAUCGUGUUUGAGGAGGGCAAGAAGCUCCGCAUUCCCGAGAAGGUGCCGUUCCGUCUCACUAAUGACAUUGUCGACGGCCUUGGCGUCACUGGAGUCGAGGGAACGUUCCGCCAGUGCUCAGAGCACACGUUGCGCGUGCUGCGCGAGUCGUCCGAGCUUAUCCUUACCGUGCUUGAGGUGUUCAAGCAUGACCCGCUGCACAACUGGGUCGGUGAUCCCAGCAAAAUGCGCCGCGCCGGUGGUGGGCAGGCACAAGCGCAGAACGUUGGCCAGGAUAAGGCCGAGCGCGUCCUCACGCAAAUCCGCCAGAAAUUGGGCCCAGAGCUCAGCGUCGAAUACCGCGUCAAUCAGCUUAUGCAGGAGGCGCAAAACGAGGACCACCUUUCCAGGAUCUUCAUUGGCUGGCAAUCAUGGCUCUAAAAUUGAAACUCCCUUGUACUAAUCCACCCGGCAUCAGCGAUACCCGCGACUCGUUCCACCUCUUUCUCUGUACUUUGUAGCAUCACAACAGCAUUCCCAAGUCGUUCUAUGUGUAUGCAUCCAUCGUUCUGUAAUACAGCCCUGUUACAGCCACUCGACUGUUCCAGGGGGCUUGGAGGUGAUGUCGUAAACGACGCGGUUGAUGCCACGGACCUCGUUAGUAAUGCGGCUCGAGAUCUUCUUG